AGUCACAGGAGGUUCCCUGUCAUUGCCCCGAGCAUCCUCCCUGUCACACAGGGAACUGGCACCCGGCGUCCGCAGCCAGCGCCACCACCUCAAGCCAAACCCCCACCCCUUGAAAGCCCCCAAAAUGCUGCAUUUUGGAGCUCCUCAGCUCUCAGUCCAAAAACAAACCUUGGGGUCACCUCCAUUGCCAGUCCCCCUGGCCUCACUGCACAGGGAGUCUGGCAGCCACCCCACUCCCUGCCAGCCCCCAUGCCGGGGGUCCUGCACCCAGCUGCCAACUGGGGCAAUGAGGGUGCUGUGCCAUGGGAACGAAGCUCGUCCCUAGCUCUGCCUCCUGCAUCUCCACUACAGACCCUGCGACAACUUCUCCUGCUGCCCUGGCCACCAGAGGUCCUGAGAUGCUACCAAGAUGGUGGCUGGAAUCCAGAUGGACUUCACCUGAGCCACCUCCCUGGUGACUCCUGGGUCCCCCCAGGAUUGCCCACCAGUCACCUGUGCCCACUGGCCACCAGGGAGCUGAGCAAGGCCGAGUGGGGCACGUGCCAUCAUAUGCACGGGGCCAUGGAAGAGGGUUUGCACGUUCCCAAAUGGGAUUUGUCCCCCUCACUCCCAGCUGCCUCUUCCUGGCCUGGCUCCAGCGUGGGAGCCCAGCAGCCAGUAACAGAGGCUGUGGUGUGGGGCUCAGGGCAGGGCAGAGAGGAAACGUGAGCUCCGAGCAGGAGCACGGCCGCACGCCCAGAGAAACAGGAAGGGCCAGCCACGGCUGACAAGGAAACAGGGUGUUUAGGGAAAUUUCUGCUUGAUUUCUUGAUGGAUUUCCACAUACUGCAGCUCUCCUGUGCUGCAGGAGGAGCGGUGCAGUGGGUCCAAGCAGUGGCAGGGCACCACGGCAGUGCUUCAGCUGCCCCUCCAAGGGGCCUGGGCUGCUCUAGGGGGUCUCUGCCCCACCAGGAGCUCUGCAUCCCUGGGGAGCACAGCCUGGGCAAACACUUCUGCAUUCUUGCCACCACCCUGGAUCCAAUCCCACUGAGGCUCCAGUGGGUUCCCCUUUUCUCCCUCCUGGUACUCGCCCAUCUCUCUCUUUCCUCUCCCAGGGCUGCAGAUUUAAGCCUGUAAUUAAGAGCCAGGCUGAGAAACUCAGGAAAAAAAUCACAAAAAAAGCUCUAAUGAAUGUCCACAUUUCACCCCCAUCCCGUGGCCCCAGCCAGUGGCAGGGUGCUGGCACGGGAUGGGGCCAGGGCACAGCUUGGGGAAGCUCUGGGGACGGGUACAUUUUGCACAUGACUGCUCAGGAAACCAGGGACAGAGUCGGCAAAGGGGGCUGGGUGCAAGCACGGGGCAGGGGCCCCCCUGCAACACCCCCAGCACCACUGGCAGCUGGAGUGGCCAGUGCUGCUGGGGUGAAAUAUCCAAAUGGGCCAGAGGUCAACUGUGGGACAGAGGCUGGCCAUGGGACGGAGAUCCUAAUUUCCCUGGCCCGAGGAACAUGCUCUUCCUGGGGCUCUUCUUGGCCGAGUGCUCGGCCGCUCGCUCCUUGCUCCCUCUGGCUGCAGCUAUUCCACUGCCUUCGGAGAGUCCGGCUGGCAGGACAGCCCUGCCCCGGGCUGGGGGCCGCCAAGGUGCCAACUAUGGAAUGUUGUACUUUUUAUCUCGCCAGCUUGGCGGCGACAGCGGCGGCAGCAGCGAGAGCAAAGCACAAGGCCCGAAGGGAGGCGGCAGCGCCGUCAAGGUUCGGCACAUCCUGUGCGAGAAGCACGGCCGGGCUAUGGAGGCCAUGGAGAAGUUGAAGUCCGGACAGCGCUUUAGCGAGGUGGCGGCACAGUACAGCGAGGACAAGGCCAGGCAAGGGGGAGACCUGGGCUGGAUGACCAGAGGCUCCAUGGUGGGACCAUUCCAGGAGGCAGCGUUUGCCCUGCCUGUGAGCAGCAUGGACAAGCCCGUGUACACGGACCCUCCCGUCAAGACCAAGUUCGGAUACCACAUUAUCAUGGUGGAAGGCAGAAAAUAAAAUGUGAAUGACCAUGAUGACCUUGUUGACUGCUUGAAUCCCGAGUCCCAGACACCUUGGCCUUGAAGCAAGCUGGGCACAACCAGCAACAUGCCUGGAGGCAGCUGGCUGUCCCUGCCACUGUGCUAGCAGAGCAGGGCCCUGCCUGGAGAGCUCCACCUUGCCCACUCAGAGCUGGGGGAAGAAACUGGAUAACUCAGGUUUGGAUAAGAAAAAAAGCCACUAAACGCUUGUGUGCCACUUCCUGCGCUCCCGUGUGCUGUGGGGUAUGCAAGGGAAGCAGCCCAGCAAGAUUCCUGCUGUCUCAGGAAUCCAGCCCAGAGCCAUGAUCCCCUUCCUGCCCGCAGAGCCCCCGAACCAGCCACAGCUUCAGCAACAGGCACCAGCUUUGUUUACAGGUGAGCACCAUGCACAGAGCUCAGGGAUGGAGGAAACAUCAAAGAAGAAAAGGCCCUUCUCUUCCCUCCCUUUUCAGGAUAUUGGUUUUGCUGAGUAUGGAAUGCUCAGAGAAGCCAAUGAAAGGCUUGCAGUGGAGGGCAGACAGGCUGCCCAGAGCAGACACUGCCCCGUGUAAUGGUGCUCUGUUAAUAAACCACUCGUUUCCAGGCUA